UGAAAAUCAAAGACUUGCUGAUGAUGGGGAGAAAGAUUUGAGCAGGCAUUUGGGUAACAGCUGCUCAGAGGAGACACAUCGAGUGAGAAGCAAGAGACUCAUCUCCUAGGGAGAGCUUCUCCCCAGGAUGUGCCCAGCCAGGGCAAUGUGGCUUUGGGCUCUGCUGAGCAUGACAGUGGCUGUCAGCACGGAGCCUGGGUUCUUAGCCUGCAAAAGGGCCCUGAAUGUGAGUGUGUUGGAGGUGCUGCCAGGUGGGGGCUGGGACAACCUGCAGAAUGUGGAGAUGGGCAGGGUGCUAGACCUUACAUACACCCAGUGCCGGACCACCGAGGACAGCGAGUACCUCAUUCCUGAUGGGGUGGAUGUUAUACCAUUGCGGGAGAGUGCUGUGGAAGUGCAUUCAGAGCUGAUCGAGAAUUGGCUCUCCUAUACUGAUGCCUUUGCUGGCUCCAUCAAUGCCGAGGCCUCAUUUCUGGGCAUUCUCAAUGGCAGGUUCUCUGACAGCAACCAACAGACCAAGACCCAUAAUGUCUACGAUCAGACAGUCACCACCCGUGUGCAGGUGAGGCACCACAUCUACUCAGUGCAGGCCCAGCCUCCUUUUGCCCUACACCCUGCUCUCCGCAGCCAGCUCGUGGACAUUGGCAACCUGCUGGAGAACAACUGGAGCCGGGCGGCUCAAUACCUAGCAGAGCUGCUGGUGCUCCGCUAUGGUACCCAUGUCCUGACCAGGCUGGAGGCCGGAGCCAGCUUGAUCCAGGAGGACCAAGUCAAACAGACCUUUGUCCUGGACAAAGUAGCCCAGAAGUCAGCUGUCACUGCCUCGGCCUCAGUCACCUUUUUCAGCAAGGUCAAUGUGGGCAUCGGAGCCUCUGCACAGGUGCAGAAUGAGCUGACAAAGGACUAUAUGGAGAACACAGUGGACUCCCGGGUUUCAAGUCAUGGUAGUGUGCCCUUCUACCCGGGCAUCACCCUUCAGAAGUGGCAGGAGGGGAUUCCUAACCACCUGGUGGCCAUUGGCCGGCGUGGCUUGCCCCUGCCCUUUUUCCUCAUGCCUGAAGCUCUGCCUGAGCUGCCAGUGCCCACGGCCCGUCGAGUGGCAGCCACAGUGGAGUGUGCUAUCCGUCUCUACUAUGCCAUCAACACUCACCCAGGUUGUGUGAACACUGACUCCAGCAACUUUGACUUCCAAGCUAAUGUGGAUGACGGGUCAUGCCACGCAGCCAGCACCAACUUCACCUUCGGGGGCAUUUUCCAGGAGUGUGUGGGUGUGUCGGGUGAGGACGUGGAGGCACUGUGCCAGCCCUACCGUACACGUAACCCACUGACAGGCAGCUUCUCUUGCCCAGCUGGCUUUGGGUCUGUCCCACUACAUGCAGAAGAGCGCACAGCCAGCCAGCCCCGGACUGAGUGCAGGGAGCAGUGCUACACUUGCUGGCUCUUCUUCACCUGUUGCCAGAAGGUCUGUGGCGUCCGCUACUACACCACUAGUGUUCGGUUUACAGCUAGCUGGUGUGCUGCCAGCAGCUCCUUGCCCCAGGGCUCAGGCUUCCUAUUUGGUGGGCUGUACAGCCCUGGGCAGGAGAACCCUAUCAUGGGGGCGCCUGCCUGCCCUGCCAACUUCUACCCACUGCAGCUCUUUGAGGACCUGAAGGUGUGUGUGAGCAAUGACUACGAGAUGGCAACCCCCUUUGCCGUGCCUUUUGGAGGCUUCUUUAGCUGCCAGGCUGGCAACCCCUUGGCUGGGCUCCGUCAGGGGCAGAGCCCAGGGCUCCUGCAGGAUUUCUUCUACCAGGAGGCCCCCACCAACUACCCCAUGAAGUGUCCCAAGGGGUAUAGCCAACACAAGGCCUACCUCAGCGACGGCUGCCAGGUCAUGUAUUGCCUACAGGCUGGGGCGCUCUUUGCCAAGCAGCUGGCCCCCAUCAAGCUGCCCCCCUUCCUGCGCCCGCCGCCUCCCAACAUCAGUCUGGUAGAGACUAUCCUGGUGCAGCUGAACAGCAGCCAAGCCUGGGUCAAGCUGCAGGGCAGCAGGCAUUGGCGGCCAGCUAACACCACCGAUGAGCAGGAAAUGAUUCGACUCUUUGAGGCACAGUCCAGUUCAAGACUCUCAGGGGGUGCUGUGGCUGGCAUCGUGGUGGCUGCGAUCAUGGUGCUGGCAGCUGUCAUUGGAGUCAUCUAUGGCACCCGGAGAUACAAGAGCAGGGGGUAUCAGGAGUUGCGAUCCAGCUGUUCAGCACAGGAGUCAGGAAGAUAUGAAUCUACUGCUGUGGCAGCUCCCCAGAUCAGCUCAGCUUGAACCCCCUGUCACCAUCCUUGGACUCAGUCUCCUGGGGCUGGGGCUGGGGCUGGGUUGAGGCAGCUGAUGGUCCACAGGCAAGGAGCUGGGGCAGGGGGAGGGACAUGGUAGAGCUGGGGGAGAAGCAGGGAUUAAUUGCAAUUUCUAAGAAUUAGUGUGACAAGUCAGGCUGGGGCAGUACUUUAGUCCCUUGGGGAAGGUUGUUGCACCUUUAGGAGACAAUCUGUCUGUUUAUCACUGCUGUAGCAAUACUCCUAGUGAUAGCAACCUAUAGGUUCCUGCAAAGUGGAAUACCAGCAGUAGUAGGGAUGAUUUUGAGGGUGAAACCAGAAACUCAAUGUGUUUGGAGAAUUUUGCAAUAGCUCUGAGUGCAUACUGCAUCACAGGGCUGCAAACAGCAGUACUGAGCAUACUGCUUUUGUAAUAAAGAUGGAAGUUCUGCAAUCCAA